AUGCCUCUCGGAAUCCACAACCCUCUGCCUUCGUCUAUGUCGAGCGAAUGCAAGAAGGCUGGCAAGAUUCUCGCAUCGUUUGUUGAUCCACGACAAGCAUUUGGUCCGGACAAAGUUAUCCCGCCCGAGGUAUUAGCUGGCGCUAAGGGUCUCGCUAUCUUGACCGUCCUAAAGGCAGGCUUCUUAGGUUCUGGGCGAUUUGGUUCCGGGGUCGUCGUCGCUCGACUGGGCGAUGGAUCAUGGUCCGCGCCAUCCGCGAUCGCAACCGCAGGCGCGGGAUUCGGAGGUCAAAUUGGGUUUGAAUUGACCGAUUUCGUCUUCAUUCUGAACGAUGCCGCCGCUGUUCGCACAUUCUCUCAAGCUGGAACGCUAACGCUGGGAGGUAACGUCUCAAUCGCCGCUGGACCGGUUGGUCGAAACGCAGAAGCUGCUGGUGCUGCUAGCACGAAGGGUGUGGCGGCUGUCUUUUCAUACUCCAAGACCAAGGGUCUCUUUGCUGGUGUCAGUUUAGAAGGAAGCAUGCUCGUCGAACGUAGGGACGCCAAUGAGAAGCUCUACAACAGCCGAGUGUCUGCUCGCCAGCUUCUCAGUGGUACAAUCCCACCUCCGCCCGCCGCGGAGCCACUCAUGCGCGUGUUGAACUCCCGCGCUUUUUACGGCGUGCGCGCAAAUGGUGACUCCAUGUACAACGAUAUCCCCGUUUAUGACGAUCGUCAUGACGACGUGGUCUGGGAGGGCCGCCGAGGGGACGCAUAUGGUGAGGGGGUCAGGCGUGAUCGCACCGGGUACAAUGGGCCUUCAGAUGAAUACGAAUACCGUGAUCGACCGCGCCGUGCGACCACAUGGGCUGAUGAUGUAUAUGACCGGCCCACUGGAGGCCUAAGCCGCUCGUCCACCGGUCGCUUCAGCAGCCGCAACGACACGUUUGAUACCUACAAUCGCCCUCGGAGCAACACCUACGACGAUGACUACGUGUACUCCGACCGUAAACCUAGUCGUCCUACAGCACCCAAGCCCGUUUUUGGGCAGCGCACUGGGCAGGCCGCCCCACUACGCGAGGACCAGGCUAUUGCGCUAUACACGUUCGAUGCGGAUCAGGACGGUGACUUGGGCUUCAAGAAGGGGGAGAUCAUCACAAUUGUGAAGCGCACCGAGAAGAAAGAGGACUGGUGGACAGGGCGCAUCGGUGACCGAGUCGGCAUCUUCCCAGCUAACUACGUUGACGCAGCUUAA